AUGGCCGACAAGGAGGCGUCGGUCUACAUCGUCGACCUCGGCUCGUCCAUGGCUGACUGCCACAAUGGCCGCACCGAGCCGGACCUGGACUGGAGCAUGCGCUAUGUCUGGGACAAGAUAUCGACCACGGUCGCCGCCUCGCGCAAGACGUGGACCGUCGGCUUCAUCGGUCUCAAGACGGACGAGACGCGCAACGCCAUGAUGGACGACGAGGGCUAUGAGAACAUCUCCGUCCUGCGGGAGCUCGGCCCCAUGACCCUGACCUCGCUGAGGGAGCUCAGGGCGGAGGUCAAGCCGAGCGAGACCGAGACCGGCGACGCAGUCUCCGCCGUGGUCCUCGCCGUGGACAUGAUUGAGAAAUUCACCAGGACGCUCAAGUACAAGCGGCGCAUCUACCUCGUCACUGACGGGUUGGCCCCCAUCGACGGCGAUGACAUCGACUCGAUUGCGAAGAAGAUCAACCAAGAUGGGAUUGAGUUGACUGUUCUGGGCGUCGACUUUGACGAUGCAGAGUACGGCUUCAAGGAGGAAGACAAGCCCUCGAUCAAGAAAAAAAACGAGGGGAUCCUCCAGGAACUCGUCUCCAAGUGCGACAAAGGUCAGUUCGCAACCAUUGCAGAGGCCAUCGACGAGCUCGACACCCCGCGCCUCAAGCCAACCAGGCCGUACAAGACGUACGACGGGCCCCUGACCCUCGGCCUUGCCGACCCGCCCGCGGACCUCAAGAUCCCGCCCACGCCCGUCGUCAUCAACGUCGAGCGCUACUUCAGGACCAAGCAGGCCAAGCCCCCGACAGCUUCCACGGUCGUCGUGUCGGCCGAGGGGCAGGGCGCUGCUUCCCAAUCGACGCAGGCCCUCGAAGGUGAGCCCAUGGAGGGAGUUGAGUCGGUGUCGGGUUUCGCGGCGGUCCGGUCCGCACGUACGUACAGGGUCAACGACCCCGACGCCCCAGGCGGCAAGCGCGACGUCGAGUUCGAUUCGUUGGCCAAGGGGUACGAGUACGGCCGGACGGCGGUGGCGAUCAGUGAGUCCGAGUGGAACGUCACCAAGCUCGAGACCGUCAGGACCUUUAGCAUCAUCGGAUUCAUCCCCUGUGAAAAGUACGAACCGUUCCUCAACAUGGGCGAGACCUGCAUGACAGUCAGCCGCAAAUUCGACGAAAAGUCACAACUCGCACUCUCCUCCCUCAUCCACGCCCUCUACGAGCUCGAGUCCUACGCCGUCGCCCGUCUCGUCGUCAAGGACAAGAAGGACCCUGUCCUGGUUCUCCUCGCCCCGCGCAUCGAGCCGGACAUGGAAUGUCUCUACGACGUGCCCCUCCCCUUCGCGGAGGACGUCCGCGGGUACCAAUUCCCGCCCCUUGACCGCGUCGUCACUGUCAGCGGGCAGGAGAUCACGGAAAACCACCGCCUGCUGCCCGGCGACGACCUCACGGCAGCGAUGAGCGACUACGUCGAUUCCAUGGACCUGGGCACUUUCGGCGCCGAUGAAGAUGGAAACCCGUCAGAGUACGCCGCAAUCGACGACACCUAUAACCCCAUGAUCCACAGGAUCAACCAAGCCAUCCGCCAAAGGGCGGUCGACCCUCAGGGUACCAUCGAACCCGUUCCUCCCAUCCUCGUCCGCUAUGCCGCACCACCCGAGGAGCUCGUCGAGCAGUCCAGCUCGCAGAUCAAAACCCUCGUUUCAGCAGCGCAGGUCAAGAAAGUGCCCCCCAAAGCAAAAGGCAAACGCAAGCACGAGGCGUCGAAACCCCUCUCGGGCCUCGACGUCGACGCCCUCCUGGGCACGCAGCCCAAACGGCCCAAGAUCAGCGUGGAGAACGCCAUCCCCGAGUUCAAGCGCGCCCUCGCCGUCGCCGACGAGGUCGAAACGAUUGUCGACGCGGCCACGCAGAUGGGCGACAUCGUCGCGCGGCUCGUGGCCGACAGCUUCGGCGACGCCAACUACGCCCGCGCCCUCGAGAACCUCACCGUCCUGCGCGGCGGCCUCGUCGACCUCGACGAGCCGGCGGUGUACAAUGACAUCGUUAGGGGCCUCAAGGGGAAGAUCCUCUCCGGGGAGCUGGGCGGCGACCGACGCGAGAUGUGGUGGAAGAUUCGGAUGUCGAGGCUGGGGCUCGUGGAUCAGGCGACGUCCGAGGUGUCGGACGUCACGAGCGAGCAGGCUGACGAGUUUUUGAAAUCAAAAUAA